AAACGCAUAAAGACGGGGGCGCAAGACGGGAAGGUGUAGUGUAUUUUACUUCACGUAACCUGCUGCUUGUUACCGUUUUAAAUUUGAAUCUCAGUAAUGCCUCCUAAGAAGCCAGCCGCAGACUCAGCUGACCCGCAUGCGCCGUCCUCCAGCGAUGCCUCGGACAAGGAAAAGAAAUCAGGUCUGAACGCACACUGCAGUCAUCCAGAAGAUGCUGCGGCGCUGCGAAAACCUGCAACCCAUCCCUCCACAGCGAUAAUGGUGAAAGAAGCCCUGAAAGCGCUCGACUCGCGUAAAGGGGUUUCAUCUCAGGCGAUACAGAAUUAUAUUAAACAAAAAUACCCCACAGUGGAUUUGGUAAGGUUGAAGCACUUGGUCCGUAGAGCCCUGAAAAAGGGAAUCGAAACUGGCACAUUGGUGCGGCCUGCAAACUCCAAUGUCACCACAGGCGCAAUGGGGAAGUUUAGGCUUGCUCCAAAGGUCAAAGAGGCAAAGCCAAAAAAUGAAAACACUGAUCCAAAUGUGCAGAAAGAGCCCAAAGCAGCAAAGGAUGGAGCCAAGAAGCCCAAAAAAGCAGGUGUCACACAGAAGAAAAAUGCUGCCAAUGAACAAGACAAGUCACAGGAGGACUCAAAGCCUCCCAAAAAGUCAAAGAAAGAUGGAGAGGCUGCUUCCUCAAAGGUUGCUCCAGCAAAAAAGCCGAAAGGUAAAAAAGCUGCAGAAAACCAGGACGGUGAAGGAGCCUCAGCUUCAGUCAAACCUAAAGCCACAAAGACAAAGGAGGCAAAGGCAGGAAAGGCAUCCAAGACCAAGACUACUAAAGCAGGCACCAGCGCCCCUGCCAGUAAAGCAACUGGGAAAGCAGGGAAGAAGACUGCAGCGUAAACUUAUGAUUCUUUACAUGUUUUAUACUGGUUACUUUUGCAAUAAAAUCUUUAUUUUUGGA